CAAAAACUGCUUUGCCAGGGCUGGAUGAACUAUAGCAUGGAGAAUAGGAUAGGCUAAAGUUGAGUCUGUUUGCAGAUAUAUAAAUAUACCACUCUGUUGCUUUCCAGUAUGUGACCCAUCAAUUGCAGCACCCAUUUUCCAGCAUUGAAUCAUGGACACUGUAACUGUGCCCUCACAAGAAGCUUCCCUGACGGUUAAUGAGCAGGUGAUUGUGAUGUCAGGACAUGAGACAAUUAGGGUACUGGAGGUGGGGGUAGAUGCUCCGCUCUCAGUAAAAAAUGAAGGGCAGACGCUGAAAGCAACAGCUGCGGCAGCUGGAGGAGAGUCUUCUGCAAACUGCCCUCCAGAAUCAAGUAAAACAGGACAAGAAGGGGUACAGCCAAACCCAGAGAAGGCAUGCAGAGAGUCGGGCGGUGAAGUCAAGGCAUUGCCUGAAAUCACACCUGUGCCUAUCCCAGGAAUUGUGCCGUUUAGCCAAGUGACAAGCCAACCAACACAGACUUUAACUCCCGUUACAGUGCAAGCCGCGCCACAGGUCUUGACUCAGGAAAACUUAGCAACAGUUGUGACAGGCGUAAUGGUUCCAGCAGGGGCAGUUACUCAACCUCUUCUUAUCCCCAUCAGUAUUGCAGGUCAAGUGGCAAGUCAGCAGGGGCUGGCUGUAUGGACAUUUCCUGCAGCAACGGUGGCUGCCCUCCCAGGACUGACGGCUGCCUCUCCUACUGGGGGAAUUUUCAAAUCACCUAUAGCCAAUUUGCAAGCUGCUGCAGUGCUGAACACAGCAAUACAAGCCCCUUUGCAGCCAGCCCAACCGUUCCAGGCACAGCCAACAGCCCAGCCCCGGCCAGCCGUCCAAACCCAGACCGUGUUCCAACCACCAGCCCAGCCAGCCCUUUUGCCACAGCCGACCACAGCAGCCACCCCACCUGCCGCCAAGCCACUGGAAACUCAGACACAGAUCACGGUCCAACCCGCAGGAUUUGCCGGAAUAAUCAGCGCGGCUUCUCUUGGGGCCCCAACCCAGCUCCUCAGCUCGCUGGCUGCCACACCUGUCAUCGCAAACACCAUUCCCAGUGUGCAAGGAAUAACUGGACAAAUCCUGACUAAUGCUCAAGGACAGGUUAUUGGAACUCUUCCAUGGGUCGUGAACCCAACUGGAAUUGCAACAGCAACUCCUGCCCCAGCCACAUUGCCAGCUCAAAAUUUACAGGUACAAGCGGUGACACCACAGCUGCUUUUAAAUGCCCAGGGCCAGGUCAUCGCCACUUUGGCUAGCACCAUCCAGACAGCAACCACUGUCAGGAAAUCAACCCCCCCAGAAUCUCCGGCCAAGAGUGAGGUGCAGCCAAUUCAGCCUGCCCCGACUCUCUCACAGCCAACUGUGGUCAUUGCAAGUCCUCCCCCAGCGUCCAAACUAGCUUCUACUCCUGUCCCCAUCACCUGCUCGGAGACACCAACUGUCAGCCAGCUGGUUUCAAAGCCUCAACCUCCAAAUAGUGGAAGUGAUGAAGAUGGCAUCAACCUGGAGGAGAUCAGAGAGUUUGCCAAGAACUUUAAGAUUCGACGUCUCUCUCUGGGUCUAACACAAACUCAGGUGGGGCAGGCAUUAACUGCCACUGAAGGACCUGCAUACAGCCAGUCUGCUAUAUGUAGAUUUGAAAAGUUGGACAUCACCCCCAAGAGUGCCCAGAAGCUGAAACCUGUGCUGGAGAAGUGGCUGAGCGAGGCUGAGCUUCGGAACCAGGAAGGCCAGCAGAACCUGAUGGAGUUUGUGGGUGGGGAGCCUUCCAAGAAGCGGAAACGCCGCACCUCCUUCACCCCGCAGGCCAUUGAGGCCCUCAAUGCCUACUUUGAGAAGAACGCCCUGCCCACUGGCCACGAAAUCACCGAGAUUGCCAAGGAGCUCAAUUAUGACCGGGAGGUGGUCCGGGUUUGGUUCUGCAACCGGCGACAGACGCUCAAAAACACCAGCAAACUCAAUGUCUUUCAGAUCCCUUGAGGGCUGGAGCUUGCAGCGAGAGCCUCCCUCUCCCUACCUGGCUGCUAUACGCACUUUGUGGCUAAGUCUGCCCUGCCCCUGCCGCCACCCGUUGAUAGUGAUGACUGAAGUAAAAGGGGGGAGAUAGGGUCUCCUCUUGUUUAUUGUGCCCCGGCCUACUCGCCUACUCGUCAGCUGCUUCCUUCCUCCCCGACGAUUGCACUGAGCUGUGAAGGCUUAGGAGUCCAUUGGCGUUUAGCUUCUUUCUGUGUCAGACAAAACAUGGUCAGUUAAAAGAAAAAAGGUUCCCCUUGCCUGGUUCGUGUGCAUUUUCCUUUUUUCUUUUUGAUGGUAGCGUUAGGACUGCCACCAGCAUAGCAUCCACCAAGAAUGAUGGGCAAAACCCGCUUUCAUUUUAGCCUCUUUUCAUAGACAUCUAUCACUUCCUAUCCUGUAACAAGCCCCGCUAAUCAUAUCUAAGCAGAGUUGUGGCAUAAUUUAUAUCUCCUUUUCCGUGUGAAUAUUACUAUGAUGAUUAUCAUACAGAGCACUAUUAAACUGAAAGAUGUAUUAUUUGUUUUUUCACCUGCCAGGACCCUGAAGUUUAAUAUCCUGGUUCCCUGUUGUUCCUUUUAUUUUAAGACUGAUUUGCCAGCUAGAGUUUCCCUUCCAGAAGGAGGCUAAGUAGAAGAGGGAGGCAGGUACAAUUGUUUACGUCUUGGGAUAUUUUAUAUCUAGGGAAUCUCAUGCCAGUAGAGUGGCACUAACAUCAGCUGAGUUUUUAUGCAGUUUUUCCAACCCUACCUGGCAAUACAGAUAGUCCUCAUUUAGCGACCGUUCACAGUUACGAUGGCAACGAAAAAGUAACUUUAUGACCAA